AUAACCCCAAACAAACCAGGUUACGCCACAAUUUGUAUAUUGUAAAAUUGUAUAUUUAGAUAUCUCGAAUCUAGAUUUAUUUAGUAAUAAGUAAGCAGUUAGCCGAUCCCCCUGGCACUGCUGCCUAAGACUAGUUGGUCACUAUGUCCAGUCUACACAUUUUAACAUGUUUAGCUUUUUGUCUUCUUUUUACCCUUGCAAAUGGCUCAUGGAAACACAAUGUUUUUCAAAUGAGCUCAAACACUCCAAUCAAGAAAGUCCAUGUAGUGUUUAUGAAUCAUCUUGAUGUUGGCUACUAUGAUGGUCUAGAUGAAGAUGCUGGGUUUGCUGUUGAAGUCCUUAACCGCUACCAAUCCGAAUACUUUGUUAGGGCCAUUAACACAUCUCGCAAUCUGAUAAGCUUGGGUUACACUGAAAGAUUUGUCUAUACUACACACCCCUGGCUGGUUUCACUAUAUUUAGAUUGUCCAAAAAUUCAGCUUUUGAAUGUCCCUCUCAAAUGCCCCAACAAAACUGAGCAGGAGGAUUUUAAAAAGGCAGUCAGAGAGGGUCACAUAGCAUGGCACGCUUUUGCCAUGAACAUCCAGACAGACAACCUUGGGGCCAACCUGUUCUCCUAUGGACUGGAUCUCUCUAAACAGCUGGAUAACAUGUUCCAGAUCCAUCGAACACACGCCACCAUGAGUCAAAGAGAUAUACCAGGCAUGACCAAGGCACUUCUUCCUCUCCUUGCAUCACGUGGGGUCAAGGCUAUAUCUGUAGGUGUCAACCCAGGUACUGCUCCACCUGAUGUACCUCCUGUGUUCCUGUGGAAGCUGAGAGACUCUGAUCAAGAGGGAAUCAUGACAUUUUAUGUUAAAGGUGGCUACCCACUGAACCCAGGACCUGACCCAGCCCACCCCCGGGGUCUGGCCAAAGACAAGUGCAUCAUUGUUGAUGGCCUAGAGGAAGUUCUGUGUUUUGCAUUUAGGACAGAUAACACUGGGCCUCCUGUUGAGAUUCAAGAAAUUCUUGGUUAUUAUGAAAUUCUCAGAGCUGAGUUUCCUGGAGCUGAACUAGUGGCGUCCACAUUUGACAACUUUGUCAAAGUGUUGGAAACUGUCAAGUCAACAUUACCUGUCCGCUCAUUUGAAAUUGGAGACACCUGGAUACAAGGGGUCGCUAGUGACCCCAAGAAAACAGCCAUGUACAGAGCUUUUGUCAGGGCAUGGGAGGGCUGCAGGGAUACAGGGAAAUGUUUGGAUGCCGACCCACGUAUACAGAACAUGUUGAGGUUCCUGAUCAAACUACCAGAACAUACGUGGGGGGCCCAUGACUUUUUGGAUCAUGUCAACUGGACUAAUGCUGAGUUGGCAGUGGCUAGACAGUCCAAGGUGUAUAAAACUGCUGAAGACACCUGGAGAGAACAGCGCCAGUUUCUGGACUUUGCCCUCAAUGCUCUGGCAGACCACCCACUCAAGGACCUUGUACUGGAUGAAUAUAAGAACAUGUAUGCUGCCCAGCCUGAUCUAGCAGGCUAUGCUGAAGCUCAAGUAGGUGUGGAUUACACCUGCGCUAGUGGUGUGGUCAUCAAGUUUUCUGCUGAUGGCUCACUCUCUCGUCUCUAUGACCCAAUCAAUCAGAGAGAGUGGGCAAGUCCAGCAUCAACCAUUGGUCACCUGAUCUAUGACACAUAUGUAGAGCAGGACUUUAUAGACAUGGCCAAGCUGUACAACUAUGAGGCUGGUGUGGGUUACGACAAACCUAACGUCACAAGAUACGCCAAGCCUGAGAAGAAAAGAUGGGAGAUAACCGCUCUCAACAUUUAUAAGAAUGUGAACUCAACAAACUGUGAUUUUUGGGUCAAGGUCACAACAAAAGAUGACCAAACCCGCACAAAGUAUGGCGCUCCACAAGUGUUUUUUGUUCAGUAUUCCACAAACUCUGCCACUAAAGGGUUGGACAUCACACUGCUAAUGCUGGGUAAAGUAACAACAAGGUUACCAGAGUCAAUUGCAUUUGGCUUCACACCCCAAAAUCUGGACGGUGUCUGGUCUUUGAGUAAGAUGGGACAAAGUAUUGAUCCUUGCAAUGUGGUUUUAAAUGGCAGCCAAUAUGUUUAUGGUGUGGACAAAGGGGUCAACCUUCUCAAUGCAUCUGGACAUGGUGUUGAAAUCUUGACCAGAGAUGUUCCUAUUGUUCUACUGGGCACGACUGACCACACAGACUCCCCCUUCCCCGUCCCCCUCCAUCCAUUCAAGUGUUCCACCAUCCAGACUGUCUCAUUCAACCUCUACAACAACAUCUGGAACACAAACUACAUCUACUGGUACCCCUACAACAAGGAGGACGCAGAUUUCAAGGCCAGGUUUUCUCUAAACUUUGUCUAGACCAGGUUUUCUCUUAAUUUUGUCUAGACCAGGUUUUCUCUUAAUUUUGUCUAGACUUACUGGAGUCAGCUGUUUUAGUGAUUUGGUUAGUGUACACAUUGUAAUGUGGAUGUACCAGUAUCUCUUAACAGAACAUCAGCCAACUUUUUUCUGAGCUGCUUUUUAUUCACACUAAUAGUUUUAAGAGAUGUUUUUUAUUCACACUAAUAGUUUUAAGAUUUUUUAUCACAAGUGUGUUGUUUGAGUGCGUUUUACUAAAAAUAAUUACUAAUAUGUACCCAUAUGGCUCCAUUAUUGUAUGGAAACAAAUUUCCUUGAAACCCAUCAUUUCAAACUUGACACAUUGGUCAAGGUCUGAUGACAAUGUAAUGUGACAUGACUGUAAUGUAAAUAAUUUUUUUAUAUUCAUUAAUGAUUGCUAUGCAAACACAACUAGUGUUACACUUAAACAAACACAACUGGUGUUACACUAAAACACAUACACAUUCAGUGCAUUCAUUUGCUUUUCUUUUAGUGGUACAAAUUUAGUGGUACAAAUUUAGUGGUACAAAUUUAGUGGUACAACUUUAGUGGUACAAAUUUAGUGGUACAAAUUUAGUGGUGCAAUUUUCUUUAUCAGAAAAAGUAAAAAUAAAUACCAUAAAAAUGUUUAUAAUAACAAGCUUUUAUUUUCCAUUAAAAAUAAAAAAAAAAAAAGAUUUUCAUUAUAUAGAAUAACACCACUGUUCAUAUAACUAAAUACCUAGGCACCAAUACAAUUUUAUUCAUUGUAAUCAGUUUCAAAUAAAUAUUAACAGUGUUUACUUCUAGCAGUAUUUGAGUCCUGGUGUAGUUGUAAAGUGGACUGUAUUAGUAGCAUAGAGGCCUAUAUAAUUGUUUGUAGGACUGUAUAGCGAUGAGCCUACCAAUUGCCUAAUGUUUUCAACACAUAAUAUAGUGAGCCAUGCUUUUCUAUAUUGGUAUAUAAAUAGUGGUGUACUAUUAUAUUUUGAGAAAAUCAUUUAAUUUUCUCUUUUUUAAAGCAAAAAAUUUGAAUCACUUAAAAUUUUAAUUUUAAACAGGGUAUCUUUUGAAUCCAAAUGAAUACCAUUAAUUUUAUACUUAAAUUGUCAUACUACUUUAUCCAUGAGGCACAACAUUAUUGUAUGUGGCUGGUUAACAUUUGUCAUUUAUUUAAAAAUACAAGGUUUCCACAUUUUUCUACAACUUUGUUGUAUUGCCUUACUAUGGUAAAAAAAGGACUGCUGUACUUUUUGAAAGAAUCAAAUUUUAUAUUGACUCCACAUCUCAAAAAUGUUUAUUACACAUUUUAUUUUAUUAUGGAAAAAAAGAUUUACCCCAUAUUUUAAAUGUUUCUUCCCAUGUAAGUAUGUUAUAAAUAACAUAUUUGUUUUUGUCACUGUAUAUUUUCUAAAAUAAAUUGCACAUUCCAAUAAAAUGUAUGGGUAAAAAAUUUAAUUUGUUCUGUCCUCAUACUUUAAUAAAUUUAAAAAUAGUAGGACUAUCAUCAGAUCAGGCAACACCAGUAGGUCUACAUUGUUACACAUCAGUAGAAAUAGGAGUUUUAUUUGUUUACUUUUUUGUUUCUCUAUCUCUGGUGUGAUAACAAAAUAUCACC